AAUUUUCCCCUAUAAAAUAAGCACCAAGAAGACGAUGAGAAGAUCAUAAAAUCUUGUUUGUGUCUUUGUUGUACUAGAAAGAAAAUGGAAGGUGGCGCUGAGGAUCUGAGUGCUGAGAUUGUUGGUCUAUUAGAAACUGCUUAUGAGAGGAGUGACUCGAUGGACAAAAUCCGUAAUCAGCUUGAAAGAAUGUCGGAGACUUUGGCCGAAUCUGUGCCUCACUCAAAAUACGCGGAGGCCAUUGUGAAGGGAAUGCUUCUUGCUGUUCGAAGACGUGUAAACCUAAACGAGCGCCUUAGCAUCCAAGAAACCAUCGAUUUGGUUUUUGAUGCAUAUGGUCCUAUCCUUAUUCCAUAUGCCACCAGCAACACUACACAAAUCCAAAUCAUAGAGUCUGUGGAGAAGAUAUGUCUUGAACCUCAGUCACCUUUUUCCCCCGUUUUUGGUAUUAUAAUCCAGACCUUGUCACGCCAUUGUGUAAAUGUGGAAGCCAUUGUUGAUUGGGAAAAGCGUAGGAAAGCAGCAAGAGAGGAAGGAACUCUGUCUCAACAAGAGAUGACUCUUCUGUGGAAUAUGGAACAUACCCAAAUUGGUCCCACCGGUGGCAUCCUUGAAGGAUAUGAGAUUGGAAAAGGAAGCCAGGAUGCUCGAGACAUGGGCCUCUAAGUCCAUUCACGUUCAUGACUCUCUCUCCCUAUGAUCACCUAUAUAUCUAUCUAUUUUAGUUAUCGUAUGUGUGUUUUCAAACAAAACUCUUGGUUUGUUUGACUAAAAUCAAACAAAGUAUAUACAAAAUAAGUUUGAUGGAUCCAAAAAACAUAUAUAAUUAGAAUAUUUUAGUGGCAUACGAUUGAUU